CGGGAGGCCAUGCCCACAGGAGGCUUGAGUCCUGCGUCCUGCCCAGUACUCCAGGGCUGGAGGAAGAGCCUCGAGCCACUCGAUGGGGAUUCACAGAGGACUGCCAGUGUGUGUCGCCUUCCCACCUCUCUGUGGCAGGAGAAGUGACCGCAGCGCCUCCUCAGCAAUGACGAUGACACUGGUAUUAACUGAGUGGCACUUAUGGAUUUUUAGCCCUCGCUCGCAGUGAGCCAGCGAGCCAUGUGCCACUGUGAGGGAGAGCCCUGUGCCUGCAGAGCGGGGUGUGAGCGCGGCCUGCCUGCAGAGCGCACCUGAGCCCCGGGAGGCGUCUCCCUCUGCCCGCAGAGCUGCGUCUCGUCCAUGUAGGUGGAGCACACACUGACGCUUCAUCUGGUGGUGAUGAAAAUGGCCCCGCAGAAUGCCGACUCCGAGUCCAUGCAAGUCCAGGAGCUGCCCGUGCCCCUGCCAGACCUGCAGAAGCCUGGAGACCCCGAGGUUGAGAACCACGAGGAGACCCUCAGCGAGGGGUCCAUAGACAGGAUCCCCCUGCGCCUGUGGGUGAUGCAUGGGGCGGUGAUGUUUGGCAGGGAGUUCUGUUAUGCCAUGGAAACGGCGCUGGUCACGCCUGUCCUAUUGCAGAUUGGGCUCCCGGAGCAGUACUACAGUCUCACCUGGUUCCUGAGCCCCGUCCUCGGCCUGCUCUUCACGCCGCUCAUCGGCUCUGCCAGCGACCGCUGCACCCUGAGCUGGGGCCGCCGCCGGCCCUUCAUCCUGGCACUCUGUGUGGGCGUCCUCGUGGGCGUGGCGCUGUUCCUCAAYGGCUCUGCCAUAGGUCUGGCCCUUGGUGAUGUCCCCACCCGGCAGCCCAUCGGCAUCGUUCUCACAGUGCUGGGAGUGGUGGUCCUGGAUUUCAGCGCUGAUGCGACCGAAGGGCCCAUCCGCGCCUACCUGCUGGAUGUGGUGGACAGCGAGGAACAGGACAUGGCCCUCAACAUCCAUGCCUUCUCUGCUGGCCUCGGCGGGGCCAUUGGCUAUGUGCUGGGCGGGCUGGACUGGACGCAGACCUUCCUGGGCAGCUGGUUCCGGACACAGAACCAGGUGCUUUUCUUCUUCGCUGCCAUCGUCUUCACGGUGUCAGUGGCCCUGCAUGUCUUCAGUAUCGAGGAGGAGCAGUACUGCCCACAGCAGGACCGCAGCUCGGAGGAGGCCGCCCUGCCCAGCACCAGGCUCAGUGGUGCCCUGGCCCCCACCUCUGGCCUUGCACAAGACGGCAGCCCCCUGUUCCCAGACGAGGUGCAGUCGGAGCACGAGCUCCCCCUGGACUACCUGGACGUGGACCUGGUGCGCAGUAAGAGUGACUCUGUGCUGCACGUGCCGGAUGCUGCCCUGGACAUGGAGCCUGAGCUGCUCUUCCUGCACGACAUCGAGCCCUCCAUCUUCCAUGACACCUCCUGCCCCAACACCCCCCGGAGCACCAGCCAGGAGCUACUGAAGGCCACACUGCCCCGCCUGUCCACGUUCCUCAGGGAAACGGCCAAGGAGGACGAGACCUUGCUUGAUAAUCACUUGAAUGAAGUUAAAGUCCCAAACGGAAGUGGCUCUCCGCCCAGGGACCCCCUUGGCUACGUGAGGGUAGGCAUGAAGCCCUCGGCCACAUCUGGCUCCAUGAGGCGGCGGAGGCAUGCAUUCCGCAGGCAGGCCUCCAGCACCUUCUCCUACUACGGCAAGGUCGGGUCCCACUGCUACCGCUACCGGCGGGCCAACGCCGUGGUGCUCAUCAAGCCGUCCCGCAGCAUGAGCGACCURUACGACCUGCAGCAGAGGCAGCGGCAGCGCUGUCGGCACCGGAACCAGAGCGGGGCCACCACCUCCAGCGGGGACACAGAGAGCGAGGAGGGCGAGAGUGAGACCACCGUGCGCCUGCUGUGGCUGUCCAUGCUCAAAAUGCCCAAGGAGCUGAAGCGGCUGUGCCUCUGCCACCUGCUCACCUGGUUCUCUGUCAUCGCUGAAGCCGUCUUCUACACCGACUUCAUGGGCCAGGUCAUCUUCAAAGGGGACCCCAAGGACGCCUCCAACUCAACUGCCUGGCACGCCUACAACGCUGGGGUGAAGAUGGGCUGCUGGGGCUUGGUCAUUUACGCUGCUACCGGUGCUAUUUGCUCAGCCUUGCUACAGAAGUACCUGGACAACUACGACCUGAGCAUCAAGGUCAUCUACGUGCUGGGGACACUGGGCUUCUCUGCAGGCACAGCUGUGAUGGCCAUGUUCCCCAAUGUCUAUGUGGCCAUGGUCACCAUCAGCACCAUGGGCAUUGUCUCCAUGAGCAUCUCCUAUUGCCCCUAUGCCCUGCUGGGACACUACCAUGAAGUCAAGGAGUACGUUCACCACAGUCCUGGGAACUCGAAGCGUGGGUUUGGCAUCGACUGCGCCAUCCUCUCCUGCCAGGUCUACAUCUCCCAGAUCCUGGUGGCGUCCGCCCUCGGGGGUGUGGUGGAUGCCGUGGGAACUGUGCGUGUCAUCCCAAUGGUGGCCUCUGUGGGCUCUUUCCUGGGCUUCCUGACGGCCACGUUCCUGGURAUCUAUCCUGAGGUGUCGGAGGAGGCCAAGGAUGAGCAGAAAGUUCUGUCCUCCCAGCCUGCCCUGGAAGGUGAAGGCCGCGGGAGCAGUGAGAAGCCCACUGUCCUGAAGCUGUCGCGGAAGGAGGGCCUGCAGGGGCUGGUGGAGACCGAGUCUAUGGUCUGAGCACUCCAUUGGCAUAUUCCGUGUGGGAGACCGUGGGCAGGGGCUGCUGGGCCCUGUCCUCACUGGGGCUUCCAGGCCAGCGCAAGCAGAGGUCCUUCUCAGAACAGUCGAAAUUCCGUAGUUGUAGGGGUAGGUUUGAGCUCUUCAGGCAAAGAUAUCACACUAAUUACUUUUUCCACAAUUAAAAAAAAAAAAUCAUUUGAAAUCUUUUUUUUUUUUAAUUGAAAAAGAUCUUUUAAUUUCACCUUUUAUUCUGCAGGUAUAUUAUUCUGCAUGUUUUUAAAUUGUAAAACAAUAUAGCCAAUAAGCAAUUUAGAAGAAAAGAUAUUGCAUUUCUAAAAUUAUAAUUGAAAAUGCAGAAACUCUGACGUCCUUGACAUAUCUUGUCAUACUGUGUCAGAAAAUCACAGUGCAGCUGGUGACGGGGACGUACACCAGACGACCCUCACUGG